AGCCAGGCACCAUGUCGACGGGAGGCGACUUCGGGAACCCGCUCAGGAAAUUCAAGCUGGUCUUCCUGGGGGAGCAAAGCGUUGGGAAGACAUCCCUGAUCACAAGGUUCAUGUAUGACAGUUUUGACAACACGUACCAGGCUACAAUUGGAAUCGACUUCUUAUCUAAAACCAUGUACUUGGAAGACCGGACAGUGCGGUUGCAGCUCUGGGACACAGCAGGCCAGGAGAGAUUCCGAAGCUUGAUCCCCAGUUACAUUCGAGACUCCACAGUAGCUGUGGUGGUCUAUGACAUCACAAAUCUCAACUCCUUCCAGCAGACAUCCAAAUGGAUUGAUGAUGUCAGAACAGAAAGAGGAAGUGAUGUCAUUAUUAUGUUAGUGGGCAACAAAACAGAUCUGGCAGAUAAGAGGCAGAUAACAAUUGAAGAAGGGGAACAGAGAGCUAAAGAGCUGAAUGUAAUGUUUAUUGAGACAAGUGCGAAAACAGGAUACAAUGUAAAACAGCUCUUCCGACGUGUUGCUUCAGCUUUGCCAGGAAUGGAGAGCGUUCAAGAGAAGAGCAAAGAAGGGAUGAUUGACAUAAAGUUGGACAAACCACAGGAACCACCAGCCAGCGAAGGAGGGUGCUCUUGUUAAUGCAAAGCGCAGGAUUCGUCAGCUCCAUUUGACACCACAAGCUUGUUGUGUUGCUUCCUAUUGGUUAGCUUCCUAAUACUACAACUUGAGUUAUUCAAUGGGGAGGAUCUCUUUUCUCUCUGUGUCUCUCCAGGGAAGGGAGGGGGUGGCAGGGAUCAGAAUACAUUAUUCAACAGCUGGUUCUAUUUUAUUUUGUUGGGUUUGGCUGUAAUAUAUUGUACUUUAUUAAAAAUGCCAAAACAAUUCAGAAUUUUAAACAAGACACUUUAAUUGUGUGUAUACAGCUCUCAGCUACAGGGACUUGUAUCUUUUUUGGGCACUUUUUUUAAUUGUAUAUUUGUAAACUUACAGAGACAACCCCAAGAUUAUACAGGCUGGCUAAUUUCAGUGUUUGGCAUAAACAGUAGACAUACCUUGUAGGAAAACUAGUCCCUGAUUGGUUCACUGAGACACUAACUAUCCAAUUCACAGUCCAAGGACAGGCUAGCAAUGUGUGCUGCAGUUGCCGGUAUGCAAAUCAAGACGUCUGACGAUAUAGCCAUGUAGAGGUAGC